CCCUGCUUGUGUUCCCUCUCUCCCUGGCUGUCUCUAUCUCUGUCGAAUAAAUAAAUAAAAUCUUUAAAAAAAAAUAAAAAAAUAAAGAGUUUCAAGUGUGCAGACCAGGAUUUCUAGCCUAGCACUGUCCAGUAGAAAUAUAAUCAAAGCACAUAUAUGAUUUAAAAUUUUCAAGUAGCCACCUUAAAUAAAGCUUACAAAUUGUGAAAACUGAUGUUAAUUUUUUUUUUAGUCCAGUAUAUCCAAAAUUAUCAUUUUGACAUGUCAAAAGAUUAUUGUGUGUAAUUUACCUUCUUUUUUUGGUAUAAAAUGUUUGAAAUGUGGUGUGUGAUUUGUACUAAAAGCAUAUCUUCACUUAGACUAGACACAUUUUUAAGUGUGACCACAUGUGGCCAGUGGCUACUGUAUCGAACAGCUCAACUCUAGGCCAUUUGUCCACAAAUUUUGCAGAAAAAGCAUGCUUGAGUUAGCUUACCUGUGCAGAGGCCCAGAGUGCUGACUUUUUUUUUUUCCUGAUAAUACAUUAUAAUAGCUACAGUUUAAAAAAUAUCCAUUAAAUGAGAUGUACUAAAAACCAUCUCAUUUGGUCUUUACAAGCUUGUGACGGGGUUAGGAUCAUCCUCAUCUUGUAGCUGAAGAAAUCUAGGCACAGGAAGGUCAAGGAAUGGGCCUAGUCACACAGCUCUGGCCAGGCCAAACUCAGCUCUAACUUUGGUGCCCAGUCUCAGAUCAUGGCUUGAUAGUAUCACUAGCUUAGGUCUGUUCAGUGCUGACUGUGGCAGCACUGUGCUGCAUACCAUGUAUCGGAGGCCUCAUUCGAUCAUUGCUCCAGUGCUGUGUGGGCAAUAGUUCCAGUUAACCCCAGUUCACAGGGCAGGAGACUGAGACCAGAGCGGAGAGUGCCCAGGGACUCGUGGAUGGUUGUUUGGCGCAACUGAAAUCUGAGCCUAGGCCCUGGAGGAGAAAGUCAGAGAUGGACCUUGCGAGAUUGGCCCGGCUCUUCUCUGGACUCCGCCCCAUGGGACUGUCCACCCUCCAGCACUUUGACCCUCCUGGAGCCAAAUGGGCAGGAGGCAGGGAGGGGCCUGCAUGGCUGCGGGCUGCGGGGCUGACUCGAGCCUGCAGCAGCUCCCUGUCACAGCUGCCCCUGGGCCAGGGGAACCAGGAGAACACGAGAAGCCUCAGCUCUGACCUGAGCCAGCCCAGCCCCACGGCCGCUCAGGAGGAAGAGGAAGAGAGCUUUGGGACCCUCUCCAACAAGUACUCCUCGAGGAGAAUGUUCCGAAAAUCGACAGCCCAGUUGUAUAACCUACGGCUCAGGGAACAGAGUGCUGAAGACGAGGAAAGGGAGCUGGAGCCAAAGUCAUGGCAGGGCCGGAGAAACACGCCUUACUGGUACUUCUUUCAGUGCAAACGCCUGAUCAAAGAAGGGAAGCUGGCUGAGGCCCUGGACCUGUUUGAGCGGCAGAUGCUGAAGGAGGAGCGACUCCAGCCCCUCGAGUGCAACUACACGGUUUUGAUCGGGGGCUGCGGGCGAGCCGGAUACCUGAAGAAGGCCUUCCGGCUCUACAAUGAUAUGAAAAAGCGGGACCUGGAGCCCUCAGACGCCACGUACACGGCCCUGUUCAAUGUCUGCGCCGAGUCCCCCUGGAAGGACUCUGCUCUGCAGAGCGCCCUGAAGCUCCGGCAGCAGCUCCAGGCCAGAAGCUUCCAGCUCAACUUGAGGACGUACCAUGCGCUGCUGAAGAUGGCUGCCGUGUGUGCAGACCUCAGGCUGUGCCUCGACGUGUUCAAGGAAAUCGUCCAGAAAGGGCAUGCAGUCACGGAAGAGACCUUCAGUUACCUGCUCAUGGGCUGCAUCCAGGACAAGGAGACAGGUUUCCGAUACGCCCUGCAGGUGUGGAGGCAGAUGCUGAGCCUGGGGCUCCGGCCGAGUCAGCAUGGCUACAACCUACUCCUGGGGGCAGCUCGAGACUGCGGCUUGGGGGACCCAGAGGUGGCCUCAGCACUGCUCCUGAGGCCUAUGGAGGAGAUGGUCAUGUGCCAGCCCCUGGCACGUGGGUUUCGGGCAAAGAGGAGAGCCCAGGCCCAGGUGGGUGAUGGCAUGUCAGUCAGGCUGCACGUGGAGGCCCUGGAGAGGCAACUAUUUCUGGAACCGUCUCAGGUGCUUGAGGAUCUUCCAGAGCCUUGUGAAGCCAGAGCCCCCAGCAAGGCCCAGCCUGAGGUGGAAACUAAGAUGGAGCCCAACCACAUGGUGGCCCUCACUUCCUUGGCCCCAGAACCUUCUCCCUGGGGGCUGGAGGUCAACCUCCUGACUUUGGGAGCCGUCCCCCCAGCUGUGGUCUCCUUUGGGACUGUGACCACCCCAGCUGACAGGCUGGCCCUGAUGGGGGGCCUGGAGGGCUUCUUGGGCAAGAUGGCAGAGCAUGGGCUCCGGCCCAACAUCAAAACCCUCACGCUGUUGGCUGAGGUGGUGGAGCCCGGGAGUCCCGCAGAGUCCUCGCUGCUGACUGUCCUGGACACGUACCAGGUGGAAGCUGACGUGACGUUCUUCAACACACUGAUGAGGAAGAAGAGCAAGCUUGGCGAUCUGGAGGGGGCGAAGGCGCUGCUGCCCAUCCUGGCAAAGAGGGGCAUCAUCCCCAACCUGCAGACCUUCUGCAACCUGGCCAUCGGGUGCCACAGGCCUAAGGAUGGUCUGCAGCUGCUUGCAGACAUGAAGAAAUCCCAGAUGACCCCCAACACCCACAUCUAUAGCACCCUCAUCAACGCGGCCCUCAAGAAGCUGGACUACACCUAUCUCAUUGACAUCCUGAAGGACAUGAGGCAGAACAGAGUCCCGGUGAAUGAGGUGGUCAUCCGCCAGCUGGAGUUUGCAGCCCAGUACCCGCCCUCCUUUGAUCGGUACAAAGAGAAAAACACCUACUUGGAGAAGAUUGAUGGCUUCCGAGCUUAUUAUAAGCAGUGGCUGAAGGUGAUGCCAGCAGAGGAAACCCCCCACCCAUGGCAGAAGUUCCGGACCAAGCACCAGGGGAACCAAGACCCCGUUAUGGAGGCGGAUGUGGAUGGAGGCCUCGUAGGCAGGUGAUGGGAGGCACUGGGGGCCUCCAGCAGAACUGGGGCAAAGGGCAUGGUGUUUACAGAGCUCUGCAGGAGCCCCAGGAGCCUCUCCACAUCAGCCUUAUGCAUGUGUUUGUGUGGCCUCAAGCCCGAGGAAGGGUCUGGUCCAGAGUGAGCGCUGCAGCAUUUUGCAGGCAUUGGUAUGAGGACAAACGCUGGGCCCUGGGUGCCUGAAAAGAUCCUGGCAGGUCCAAGAGCAGCCUGGCCUACUUUGGCACGCCAUCUCUGGUCAUCCUUGUCUGGGAGGUGGUCAUCCCCAUCACUGAUGAGGAAAGUAGACUUGCUCACAGUCAGCACCUACAAGGUGGAGUCAGGAUGGAGGCCCAGGGGUGACCAGUUCCUAGGGCCUGGCGCUCACCCACUGGGGUCCACAGACUGCUGGCUCUUGGAAGAAUAAACGCAGGACCCAGAAGUUUUAAAAAUUUUAUUUCUACAAAUCACAGCUGAGAAACACCAAAGCCUUUACAUGUAGAGACCAUGCUCCAACUCAGGCCAGGAGCACUGCUCUGCAAGAAGAGCUGCUCCCAGGAAAGGGGGUGGCGCGACAGGCAGAAACCCGCGAAGUCCAAAGUUCAGGGUGAAGACGGGGUCAGGACCUGAGGGCCUCAGCCAGAGCAGCCCCGGCAGCCGCAGUGUGUGCACUCGAUGAUCCGGCCCUGCAACAGAGGACACCUGAGACGCUGCGCUCCUGCCCCCAACGCCACGUGCAGUAAACCCGCUCCCCCCCCCCCAAACAAGGGGGCAACUGGACAUUCACUGUCUGCAAGACACUCCUCAGAAAGUCUUCCGUGAGGUGCAAACAGCUGCUGCUGACAGAGAAGCUACACCUCUGUGCGCUUAAUUUGGGCACAUUCGCUGUACAUACUUGCCCCCAAAAAGGAGAAAAAAAUCUGUGACUGAUUCCUGUUGUUGUGAAGUGAGCUUGACCUACCCUGCAGGGAGCUGGAGGUGGGUCUGCUCCUGCUCAGGGGGCUCAGGGCCUCUGGGCUGGGGAACUUUCUAGUCGGGGCACAGGGGCAGAGGAUGUGCACUGGAAUCUACAUGGAGCAGAAGAGCCUUGUCCCCUGGCCAGGUGUGUCCGGAUGGCCGGCUGAGGGCCUCCCCAACAGAAGGCCCUAGAGCAGUGGUUUGUGUAUGUUUUCCUUUAUCCUCUUUUUUGGAGGAGCAAGACCCUUACCUAAAUGGACAAGAUCAGAUGGUGAAACUCAACUAUAAAUCAAAGCAGGCUCUGCUCUGGCCACAGGGCCAGGGCAGCACCCCUGACCAAAUGCCACCAUAAAAUUGGCGAGGGGGAGGGGUUCUGCCAUUCCACCACCUCUCCUUGCCCCCACCAGAAAACCAGCACCCAGGGAAGAAUCUGAUGUUCUUGGGCCCUCAUUCAAUGUCCACCGCUCCUUGACUUUACAGAUGAUUCAGGGAGACAGAACUGCCUGCUUGGCCCAGAGCUCUAUCAACUAGAACUGGUCUGCAGCAUCAAGGGACCGAAGAUGAGGCACCUGUGUGAAAGGUGGCCACCUGGAGGUGGGCAGUCUGUCCUGCCCGCCCUCUGGGCCCACCAUGGUCAGCCAAAGGGCCGCCACUGAAAGGCCGCCAUGGCCAGCGUCCCAGGAACGGCCUCCCUCCCGCUGCAGUUCCACUUCAGAGAGGCUGACACCGUGAGCUCAGCUACUGCAUAUGCUGCACUGUUCCUGAGCUGCCCAGUCAAGUUUGAGAAAAAAGUUCUGACAGAAGAAAUACAACGUAAUACAUCUGAGGAGAAGGCCUGGAGAAGAGGGUAACUGGGGUGAGCACGGGAGGGGAAGGACAGAAGUGCCUGCUGAUAGGCCCAUGCUCCUCUGACUCAGCCCUCCCCACCACCUUGGGGGUAGGUGUCCUUAUCCCCACUCCCUGUAUGAGGAGGGAAUUCAACAGCUUGCCCCAGGGUGCAGCUAAGUUGGCCCCCAGACCUAACACGACUACUGUCGCACUGCCUAUCACGGACUGCUCAGGAGAGGGACUCACUCCCUGGGGCGAGGCCAGGAGGACACCCUGCAAAAUCGUGUUCAAUCCCUGGCUGUCAACCAGGGCAGACUUCGGAACUGAAAAAGUGACCUCAGACUCGAUCAUCAGACAUUACAGGGGUAGAGACGUUACCACUUCCAGCUUGCUUUUGGGGACCCGGCAAAUGCAGUUUGUUCCAAAA